UUAUGCACUUGUCUGUGGUUUCAGGAACAUGCAAUUCUUAUAUGUGAAUUAAAUCUACUACUUUUAUGUUCUAAUUAUAUGGCAGGCCGUAUCCUUUUCUUCUUCUUCUAAUUCUGCUGACUUGAAAUACAAACUAAUAAUUGUGCACUUCUGAAACUCGGCUGCCGAGCUAUAUAUCCCACAUCUGUUUGGUUUAGACGAGACCCAUAGAUAUGGACGGUCAACUUUAGAUGUGGAACAUUGACGUCAUUGUGAGAUCAUUGUGGCUAGCUGCUAGCCUUGCACAGAGAGGAAAUGUCAUUGUGAAACCCCGACAACACAAAGUAUGCAUGCCAAAUUGAUGAGGAACAAUAGAUGAGAAAAAGAAGAAGAAAGAAAAACACAUGCCAGAUCUGUUUAGCUACUUCUAGAUGCUUCCAGUCUAGUGUAGUAUUUCUUUUCUUUACCCUACCUGCUGUUUCUAGAUUUCUCUAGUUAUAAGUAGCUGUGAGUAGAAUGGUGAAUCCUAAAUAAUGUUUUCUAGAGUGUUCCAGCUAUAAGUAGAAGUAUGUGAAGGCUUCCCAAAGCCCUAUAAAUAGAGGUCCUCACCUCUACUUUGGAACCAGACUAUGUACCCACUACCUAUAAUAGAACUUGUUGUUCUUAUCUAAGAUCUUGGAGUAGAUCUUGUGCCCUAGGAGUUCUGGAUUGUACUCUUGCUGCCCUAUCGGCCUACAUUCGCCUCUAGAGCGAUAUCUAGCACAGCACGUUGAAGCUGUUCCUUCAACACUUGUGCUGUACACAUUGUAGCAGCAAGGUGGAGUUGCUCCUCCACAACCUUUGUGCUGCUUCACAAAUCCAUAGAUCCUGGAAAGCAACAACUUCAAGAAUGAUUCAUAGUUACCGGAUUCGCUCAAACCAUCGUCGAACUCUGAUCUAGAUCAAUUGUAGAUUGGGGUUUGAAUUCAUUCGAUUCGUACCUGAUUUGCUGUCUGAUUUGUGAUUGGAGGACGAACAAACAGGAACUUGGGUGUCCCUUGUGUCCUCAUUGUUGCUGCCUGAUGUGGCACCUCUGUUGCUGCUGCAACUCUGCUAUCAUCGCAAUUAAUUGCAGACGAGAUGGGAGUAGCAGCCAACCAGGAGCAGCCUGGACGUGCUGUUGGGAGGAGAUGGGAGGGAGCUGCAGCCAGCAUGGAGUAGCAUCGAGAUGACACUGGAAAAGAUGGGAGCAGGCAGCAGCAGUAAAGUAGAAGGAGCAGCAGGUCGUGUGGCUUGGCUGGAGGAAGGAAGUGAGGAGUGGUGGCUGGUGGUUUUGGUUUCAGCUUCUAAAGGAGUUAGGGCAGAAAUGAGGAGGGGAUUAAUUUGAAUGGAGGUCACUAUUUGAGCGUCCAAUGGUUCUUAAUAAUGGGAGAGGGAGUGGCACUAGCUGAGCCAGCCGAACUGCCUGAUGGGUCAUUUCUUUCUAUAUCUUUUAUUUCUUAAAAUGUAUUUCAUCUUUGAUUCACAAAUAGAACAGAAUCUCGAAUCCUAUGCAACCGAUUCGUGAAUCCUACGUAUGAACUUACUAAAUGACCUUAUUUAUUCUCCCGGAACGCCACCCGAUAAAGGAAUUGAAAGACUACCCCGGGCCACGUAGACUAUUCCCUUCCGCGGACAUUCUUUUCUAGAAGGAAAGUAGCAAAGCCGAACGCAAAUACACAUGCAAAUAAUAGCCUAGGAUGAUGGUGUCAUUCUCUAGCCGAACGCGGAACAUUCCAUUGGGUAGGGCUUCCGUAACUAAACCUUCGAAAGUUACUUUUGCCGUUCCCUUUUUCAAACUCCACUUCUUUUCAUAUAGCAAUCCCUGAUCAAAGAGAGAACAAUAUCCAUUUCAAAACAUUUCUAACAGAUUCCUUAGUUCGCCUAAUUCACGAAUCGGAGAUGUAUACCCCCUGUCAAUUCGAUUCAUGGAAAUUGGUGAAUCGUGAAUCAUGAACCCGAAUAGCAAACUGAGAGAAUCUGGUAACUGUGGAGUGAUUAUUGGUUAAUGGACAUGUCAAAAGAACUGUCGUGCCAUGGCACAUGGCAAUUCUUCCACCUCCAAUGCAUGCGAUUGAUGCGUCCAAGCAUAUCCUUGUGAACCCUCUUAAGCACCAAUUGUCAUAAGCCUUUGUGGUGUCCUCUUCAUUUUGUAAUCGUAAGUACUCCCAAAAGACUGCAACCACAGCUUUCACCAUCUAUUUAUAUAUAAAAAGUAAAUAUGGUCGUGCUCUCUGACCUGAAUGAUCUCAUCAAUAGAAUCAGCUGGGACACCAUAUGUGAUCACAUUUCCGCACGCAAGUUCCCCAGCCGCAUUUCUUUUCUGCUUGAAGUAUGGGUCAUGGGCCUGUAUAGCGUUUUCAAUGUGCAAGUACAGCUCCGUAAUCAUCUGGAACCAUUCACGGAAAUUUCAGCCUGGCACGGGUAGUUGGAGGAUAGGGGUGGGAAUGUUCACACCUUAUAUGGAGGGGGUCAAAUCAGCAGGCAAAGCAAGUGUCUUUUGCAAUACCUACAUUUAACGUUCGUGCUAGUAACUCAUGGCAAACAACUAAUCUUAUUGGGUGAGUUCUGCUAGCAAUUUUAUAAGCAAUCACAGGUAAGCCUUUGUGGUGUCCUCUUCAUUUUGUAAUCGCAAGUACUCCCAAAAGACUGCAACCACAGCUUUCACCAUUCUCCAUAAACUCAAUAUGGUUGUGCUCUCUGACCUGAAUGAUCUCAUCAAUAGAAUCAGCUGGGACACCAUAUGUGAUCACAUUUCCGCACGCAAGUUCCCCAGCCGCAUUUCUUUUCUGCUUGAAGUAUGGGUCAUGGGCCUGUAUAGCGUUUUCAAUGUGCAAGUACAGCUCCGUAAUCAUCUGGAACCAUUCACGGAAAUUUUAGCCUGGCACGGGUAGUUGGAGGAUAGGGGUGGGAAUGUUCACACCUUAUAUGAAGGGGGUCAAAUCUGUUAAGACUUAUAAUAUAAGUCAUGUAUACCCCUUUGUAUUUAUCCCGUAGUAUAAGGGGUUUCCUGCAUAUGUACCACACCUGUACAUGUAUAUAUAUCGGCCUAUGGCCUCAUGGGAAUACAAGUUGCUUAUUCCUAACAUGGUAUUAGAGCUUUAGGUCUUUUUUUUCGCACACGCAACUCGUGCUCCGAUCCCAUCUCGCCGCCGCCGCGUCUUCUCUUCGCCAGGCGUCGUUCCUUCUCGCCCAGGCGCCGCUCCAGGUCGGCGCCGUUCCCGUCGUCCGCUCCUCCCGCAAGCUCGCGGUCGCCAGGCGCCCUUCCCUCCCGCCCAGCGCCGCUCCCGCCAGGACGCCGCUCCCGCCCAGCGCUGCUCCCGCCAGGACGUCGUUCCCGCCCAGGUGCUGUUCGCCAGGCCCGCUAGGCUCGCAGCCGCGUCUCCUGCUGUGUGGAUCGCCAGGUCCCUCUCCUCCCGAUCGUCUACUGCUGUCGUCUACUCCGCCGACUCCACUGGUUCUUCCUACGGAUGCUAAUCAGGCCGCCAAGGAUGCGGCUAAGAUUGCUGAUGAGGCUGCUGAUCGUGCCUAUGAUGAGAGGGCUUUGGCUUAUGAGGAGGCUCUUCAGACGUAUCAUGGUGCUUUGUCUGUUUACACUCAGUGGCUUGAUGAUGAUGCUUGUGCUGCAGCUGUUCUCACUGCUAGUGUUCUGCCUCAGUUUGCUUCUGAGUUUCUAGGUCUUCCUACUGUCUUCCAGAUGUGGACCUGUCUUCGUCAGCGCUAUGAGCCCUGUGGUGAUGCCUUAUAUCUUUCUGUGGUUCGUCAGGAGCAUGCUCUUCAGCAGGGUGACACUACUGUUGAUGACUUUUAUGCACAGAGUUCUGCUAUCUGGCGCCAGCUUGAUUCUCUCCGCAGUGCUGGUUGUCGUACUUGCCCCUGCUGCCAGGCUGUCCAGGCCGAUUUGGAGUUUCAUCGCGUCUAUGAGUUCCUGUCUCGGCUCCGUAAGGAGUUUGAGCCCUGGCGUGCUCAGUUGUUUGCUCGUGGCCGUAUUUCUCUCAUGGAGGCGCUUUCAGAGAUUCGUGCUGAGGAGACUCGCCUACGUGGUGCUGGUUUGCUGGAGGUUCCCUCUGUGCUCGCUACUCGGGUUUCUUCCACUCCGCCGGCUGCACCGCCCCAUUCUCGCUCGAGUGCUCCGCCGCUCUUGCCCACUCCUUCUGGAGGCUUAGGUCGGCCCCGUUCACAUUGUGACUACUGCAACAAUGAUGGUCAUAUUGAGUCCCAGUGCUACACAAAGCGGAAACACCUGCGCAAGGCGCGAUCAUCCUCCUCAGGGACUUCGUCAUCUCCCUCGCCAGCUUCAGCCAUUGCUUUGACCGAGCAGGAUAUUCUGAGACUUAAGCGUCUGCUCGCGGCUUCAGGUUCUUCCUCGACGGGUACUGCUGGUUCUGUGACUGAUGCUUCCCGCACUGAGCACCCGCCCUCUACACAGUCAGGAUCGUCGCACGCACACUCUGGUUGGGGCUGGCCCUCGCCGCCGUGAUUCUCAGGGUCUUUGGGAGUUGGACUGGCUUCAUGUUCUUUCCGCUGCCACCACCAUCGCCAGUUCCUCCGCUGCUGUCGCUUCUGUUACUGGUUCCUUCAAGCAGUGGCAUCAUCGACUUGGUCAUCUGUGUGGUUCUCGAUUAUCGUCUUUAGUUCAUCGAGGUCUUCUGGGGUCUGUCUCAGGAGAUGUCUCUUUA